CUCUUCUUCUUUUUUCCUACUCAAAAUCAUUACUUACUUCAUUCUGUCACAGCAAGCAAUCACUUUUUGACUAGUUUUGGGGUCAGCAGACUGCAGCUUUCUUCCACAAUACAUAUUUGGGGUGUGAGAGUUUGGGCCAAGAUCAUGCAAAGUUGACCUGUUGACUUUAUGCUCAACUUUUUCAGAUUCUUGGAAAAGUUUUGUGCUUUCUCUUGAGGGAUGAAUUCUUGCUAGUUUAAUUACCAAAGCAAUAAUUAAGUUUGAACAAUGGAGAGCGGCCACGAGAGUUUUGCUGCAUCUUCUAAUGUAUCAAAUGAGUGCAGUAGUCCCCAGGAACCAGGACCAAGUGUUGAUCAUUUGAGUAAUUUAUGUGGUAGUCUUGAGAAACUCCUGCUUAAUCCUGAAUAUAACUACAGUGAUGCAGAAAUAGUCGUUGAGGGGAUUGAUGUUGGCGUUAAUCGCUGUAUAUUGGCUGCACGAAGUCAGUUUUUCCAUGAAAAGUUUAAGGAGCAGAAUGAGAAUUCCUUGAAAAAUGAAAAGCCUAAAUAUUUGCUGAAGGAUUUGGUGCGUGUUGCCUCAAUUGGCUAUGAAGUAUUCAUGGUCCUCCUGAAUUAUUUAUAUACGGGAACGAUUAAGUCAUCUCCUUCAGAAGUUUCGAGUUGUGUUGAUAAUGCCUGUGCUCAUGAUGCUUGCCGCCCUGCCAUUAAUUAUGCAGUGGAACUCAUGUAUGCUUCGUCCACUUUUCAGAUAAAAGAACUCGUUAUGGUCGUAGAGCGCUAUCUCGACAACUUUGUUGAUAAGGCUACUCCUGAGGAUGUAAUACCCAUACUUUUAGUUGCCUUUCACUGCAAAUCUAAUCAACUUCUUGAACACUGCAUCCAGAGAGUGGCACGAUCUGAUCUAGACAAUGCUACUCUUGAGAAAGAACUCCCUCAUGAAGUUUUGACUGACAUAAAAUCAAGGCGCCUCAAGUCUCGACAAGGGACUGAACAGGAGUCAUUAGAAGAAGACUCCUUGAGUGAAAAGAGAAUUAGGAGGAUUCUGAAGGCUCUGGAGUCUGAUGACGUUGAACUGCUAACACUACUCCUGGAAGAGUCAAACGUCACUUUAAACGAUGCUUGUGCUCUUCAUUAUGCUGCUGCCUAUUGCAACUCCAAGGUUGUGAACGAGGUACUUGAGCUGGGUUUAGGCGCUGAUGUCAAUCUUCAGAACUCCCGAGGAUAUAAUGUCCUUCAUGUUGCAGCUAGACGAAAGGAGCCAUCAAUAAUAAUGGGACUACUUGCAAAAGGAGCAUCGGUCUUGGAUACUACACGCGACGGACAUACAGCACUAUCCAUAUGCCGUAGAUUGACUCGUCUAAAGGAUUACAAUGAUCCACCGGAGCAAGGAAAGGUUACUAAUAAAGACCGGUUAUGCAUUGAUGUUUUGGAGAGAGAGAUGAUUAGGAAUCCUAUGAUUGGGAGCAUGUCUUCUUCAUCAUUGGUGUUGGCUGAUGAAUUACUCAUGAGGUUGCUUUUAUUUGAAAAUAGAGUGGCAUUGGCACGGAUGUUAUUUCCUCAGGAAGCCAUGCUAGCUAUGGAAAUAGCACAUGCUGAUUCAACCGCAGAGUUUACUGGACUUUCAGCAACAAAUGGCUUAUGCAGAAAUCCGAGAGGGGUUGACUUGAACGAAUUACCAUCUGAGCAAGUGAAAAGACUCCAAGAGCGGCUGGUCGCACUACUGAAAACAGUGGAGACAGGUCGACGUUUUUUCCCAAACUGCUCCGAAGUUUUAGAUAGAUUACUGGAGGAUGACAAACUAGAUUCGUUGAUGUUAGAAAGUGGCACCCCUGAGGAACAAAGAUCAAAGAAGAUGCGAUACACAGAACUCAAGGGUGAAGUUAUGGAGGCAUUCAAGAAAGACAAAGCUGAAAAGAACUGGGCGGGCUUCUCUACGUCUUCCUCCUCUUCAUAUUCUCCAAAGACUAAUGUCAGUCACAAGAAUAGAAAAAAGUAGAUCCUCUCUCUAGCUAAGGAUUCUAACAAUGGCGGAAGCAUUCUAUCUCGAAGGGCCGCGUGACUUUUGAACCUUGUCAUGAGCUUGAGCUCCAUAUAUACUAUAGUACUCAUCUUUCUUUUGGACAAGUAUCAUCUUGUAGAAAAGUACAAAGAGAGUGGAUUGAUUGUGGGGGUAACUAUAUAGGGGAAAGAGGAAUAAAAGUAGGGGUACAGAAAUGGCUUUUCUUUUGUAAUAUUACUACUUCUUUUGAAUUGAUGAUUGUUAAUUUAUGGUGAUAUAUGCAGAAAAGGAUCUUCUGAUCAAAACAUGUAUUCUCCACAAACUUUUUCUUUCUGGAUUUGCUUGGCUUUGCUUGCUGCAGAAACAUGCGUUUAAGCAUGAGUAAAAGAUAGAACAGCUCUUAAUAUACCAAACCAAACAUUGGAUAGGAAGUAGUUCCAAUAUAACUACUCUUAAUAUU